UUACUUUAUGUUUCAGGUCCUCAGUAUCGGCUGGAGAAGCAGAGUGAACCUAAUGUCCCAGUAGAUUUAGACUGUACCUUGGAGAGCCAGAGCACUUUGGAAUUCUGCCUUGUCCGGGAGAACAGUUCCAGAGGAGAAGAGGUCUCGGAGGAGGACCCUCAGAUCGAUAUAGCCACGGUUCAGGACAUGCUCAGUAGCCACCAUUACAAGUCCUUCAAAGUCAGCAUGAUCCAUAGGCUUCGAUUCACCACUGAUGUUCAGUUAGGUAUUUCUGGAGACAAGGUAGAGAUAGACCCUGUUACUAAUCAGAAGGCCAGCACUAAGUUUUGGAUUAAGCAGAAACCCAUUUCAAUCGAUUCUGAACUCCUCUGUGCCUGUGACCUUGUGGAAGAAAAAAGCCCAAUUGAGUUCAGGAAAGCAGUGACUGUGCCCGGCCAGCGGCGAGAGCUGCGCUGGCUGGAGGGCGGGUUGGACGUCCCAGUUCAGCCAGUCAUCAACAAGAGGUCAGAGUUUGCUGCCUUCAGA